AUGCUUAAUCAAGGACAACCAUCUGUAGCACUAUUAACGGUUAUGCAGCACAAAUUAUCUGCUGCUUAUCAGGAAUACAAUAGUUUUCACAGCAAAGUAAUGGCGCUCAUUUCAGAUACGGCCAUCGAUCGACAGGCGCAAGUAUAUCAAGAAUUCGAGGAUCUCUUUGAUCUCGUAUCAACUAAUGUGGAGGAAUUAUUAUUGGUGGCGAAGGACCGAUCAACUACGGCAACUAAUACAAGUCCCCAACUUAUCAUCCAACAACAACCCUUAAAAGCUCCUAUUCCAACAUUUGAUGGCAGCUACGCUGCUUGGCCAAAGUUCAAGGCCAUAUUUUUGGAUAUAAUGGCAAACUCAGGAGAUACAGAUGCUAUGAAACUAUAUCAUCUCGAGAAGGCUCUAGUCGGGGAAGCUGCCGGAGUCCUUGAUGCGAAGGUGUUAAGUGAUGGAAACUAUCAGCAUGCUUGGUCCAUUCUCAACGAGCGAUUCGAAAAUAUACGUGUAAUCGUUGAAAACCACUUCCAAAGUUUAUUAUCGCUCAAGGUAAUGACAUCUGAAUCACAUAAAGAGUUGCGAUCAUUGGUGAACGAUGUUACCCGCCAUGUAGAGAGCUUACGUUAUCUUAAGCAGGAAAUUUCUGGAGUGUCUGAACACAUGAUCGUGUUCUUGAUUGCAAAUUCCCUUGAUAAGUCAACACGAAAAGCCUGGGAGUCAACACAAAGAAAAGGCGAACUUCCAAAAUACGAACCAACUAUUAACUUUCUAAUGUCCCGAGCCCAAAUUCUGGAAAAUUGUGAUAUUGCGUUCCAGCUGCAAGCCCCAUCGAUGAGCAAGCCCAAGCUAACCACUUUGAUUCCGAGAGUAAUUCAGAAAAGCCAUGCAGCCGCAGCUAAUUCAACGACAUUUGAAACAAUUUGCGAUUUUUGCGGUGAAUCCCAUCGAAACUUUCAGUGCUCAAUAUUUUUAAAUUUAUCUACCACACAAAAGAGAGAGAAGGUACGAUCUGCUGGACUUUGUUACAAUUGCCUACGAAAAGGUCAUAUCACCAGAACGUGUUCUUCUCCGAAAUCAUGUCGCAAGUGUGAAGCCCGCCAUCACACUUUGUUGCAUGAAGAUGUAGCCGUAGUGUCUGAACGAGAAUUCCAACCUGAGUCAUCAGUGAUAACCAAUGCAUCCAUGUUGCAGCCGGUGCCCUCCGAUGAAACGAAGAUUCCUGAUCCAGUAAACAACCAAGUGUUCACAUCCUGUUCAAGUUACUUUACUAGCAACACAAGGACAGUUCUGCUGCUUACCGCUGUAGUAGAAGCUUUUGACACGACUGGCCAACUUCAUUCAUGUCGCGUUCUUCUCGAUAGCGGCUCCCAAGUCAACUUUAUUACAGAACAAAUGACCAAUAGGUUAGGUCUCAAGAAGCAUCGCGUCAACAUUCCCAUAACUGGCAUAAAUGAGUUGCGAAGCCACGCCCGUGAUAAAGUCCUGGUAAAGUUUCGAUCCAGGGUAUCGAAAUUCUCCUGUUCCUUAGAGUGCCUGGUCACACCCAAAGUGACUGGAAAAAUCCCGAACACCAAGAUCAACGUUAGUGAUUGGUGUAUUCCUGAUGGAGUUGUCCUGGCCGAUCCGGCAUUCCACACACCUGAUAAGAUGGAUAUGCUAAUUGGAGGAGAGCUAUUUUUCGACAUUAUGAAGGCGAAAAGCAUGGCUUUAGCUGAUAAUCUGCCGCAGUUGAGAAAAACAUACCUAGGAUGGAUCGUUGCUGGUGUCUUCAAAGAACCACACGCCACUCAUAUACAACCUCAGUAUUCCAACGUAGUUUCCAUCGAAGAAGUCGAAACAAUGAUGCAACAGUUUUGGAAAAUCGAGGAAUUGCCCUACAUUCCCAAAUUAUCCGUAGAUGAAAUUGCCUGCAAAUCUCACUUCCUUUCCACAUAUAAACGUAAUACGAUAGGCAGGUUCGUGGUUCAACAGCCAUUCAAAGAGUCCCUUACCAUGUUAGAUGAUUGUCGAGAUGUAGCACUAAAGAGGUUCCUGAUGUUAGAAAAAAGAUUGUUGCGCAAUCCUGAGCUCCAAACACAGUAUAUUGAAUUUAUAAGAGAGUAUGAACUACUUGGUCAUUGUCAUCAGGUUAUUGAAGCAGAUGAUCCAUCCAACCAACAGAAUUUUUACAUGCCGCAUCAUGCCGUUUUGCGACCUUUCAACUCAAGCACGAAAUGCCGCGUUGUGUUCGAUGCUAGCGCUAAAGCAUCCCCUUCCAAUUUGGCUUUAAAUGAUGUACUUCUCAUUGGACCUGUUGUACAAAGUGAUCUGUACUCAAUUAUGCUCCGCUUCCGAACUUUUAAGAUCGCAUUUACGGCAGAUAUUGCUAAGAUGUACCGGCAAAUUCUAAUGGUGCCUAAACAUCAACACUACCAGCGCAUAUUCUGGCGAGAAAAACCAUCUCAUCCGCUGCGGGUACUUGAACUUGACACGGUCACUUACGGUACAGCGCCGGCCCCCUACCAAGCAACACGAUGUCUUAUGCAGCUCGCAGAAGAAGAAAAGGAGGCCUACCCAAUUGCAGCAGAAAUCAUUAAAAACAAGGUAUAUAUGGACGAUAUAAUAGCGGGCGCUGAUACAGUCUCCGAGGCUAUCGAAGCUCAACAACAAUUGAAGCAGUUACUGGCUCGUGGUUGUUUCCCCAUUCAUAAGUAG